AUGGAAAAGACACAAGACACGAACGAUGGUGCGGCUGGGAGAUGCUCAUUGAGCUCCGAGUCUGACUCGACUUUGGGCCUUGAUGUGCCUCUGAUUCAGACUAUAAGGUCCAAGAGGACCACCGCAGCAAAUCCAAGGAGCUGUCUCUAUUGUCUCAGUCUCUUAGCCAAUGUCGCCCUUGUGAGCAUCAGCAUCAUACUGUACCUGUCAUCUAGGGACUCUCUUCGCCUCGCCAGGCUCGUGCCACAAUCGAUCGGGGACAUUGAUUCUAUUUCUCCGGCCUGGGAAGCUCUGACUGACCCACCUCCCAGGGAAUACAUUCCAUUCGUGUUUCAGAGACUCGUGGACCCACCUACAGAGUAUCAGGGCUUUCCAAGUGACGAGCUCGACGCAAGAUGGGAAGACCUUUAUGCUGCCCCAAUGAACAACGCCGUCGAAAAGGAAAAGGCCAUGAAGCUUGCCAACAAGACUUUGCACGUCCCUUUACCGGGUUUGGAGGAUAAGUACAUGAUGCUACUCGAUGUUUUCCACCAGCUUCACUGUCUGGAUGAAUUCCGGAAGCUUCUGUACCCAAAACACUACAACUCGUCGUUCGUCGCCUCAGAUGGGGUACAUUUAAAAUACUGGGAUUGGUAUCAUAUGGACCACUGUGUUGAGUCUCUCCGCCAAUCAAUUAUGUGUCACUCCGACGUUGCAGUCAACACAUUCGUUUGGAAAGCUUCUAAGAUCAUGGAGCCGAACCUUGGCACACUCCAUGUCUGCAGAAACUUCACCAAGAUACGCGAGUGGGCUAUGGAACGAGCGGUUGAAAUCACCCGUGCCGACAAGCAGAAAAGGGUAGAACAUGGGCGCAUCGUGGACUAUGGGCUCACUUACGCCAACGCGGAGGAUCUUGCAGAGGCUGAUGACUUGUGGGGGGCACCUGAGGAUUGGCUGCAAUACACCAUUGAUGAUCUGUGA